AUGAAUGAAUCAGCUGAUGGCGCUGUGGACCUUUACAGGGACACCAUGAAGACGAGUUCUGAUGAUAGGUUUGCAGUUCUGAGGAGCAUCGGAGAGGAGUUCAUCUACGAGGAUGAGCUCCGCCUCCUGCUGAAAAGGAAGUCUGCUCCCAUUUGCUAUGUUUGGUUUGAGCCAUCUCCCAUGAUGGACAUAGAGCAGGGAAUUAUGAAGACAAUCUAUGUCAAUAAGAUGGUCAAAGCUGGUUUCACAGUAAAAAUAUUGAUGGCAGACUGGUUUCUGCAGCGACACUAUAAGAUUGGAACCGACCUAAAGAAAAUACGGACCAUUGGCUACUACAAUAUUGAGAUGUGGAAAGCAGCUGGUAUGGACCUUGAUAGAGUAGAGCUUGUAUGGUUAUCAGACGAAUUGAAUCACCAUUCGGUCGAUUACUGGCCACUUGCAGUGGAAGUUUCAAGAAAAUACACCAUGAAUAUAAUGGCAGGGUUUUGUUGGAACAAGGCACCAUAUGGGCCACAAAGACUGCCUGCUGCCGAGAUAUUUUACCCUUGCAUGCAGGUUGCUGCUAUAUUAUGCCAGAAGUUGCAGGCGGACAUAUGGCUCUUCGGCAUGGAUCAUCGAGACAUUACCAUGCUAGCCAGAGAUUACUGUGAAGCUAUAAAUAGGGAAACCAAACCAGCUAUUAUGCUGCACAAUAUGCUACCUAAUUUACUAGAAGACCCUGACUUUCAGGACUUGAGGGAUCCAGGACGGACUAUCUUCAUGCAUGAUGAGGAGGAUGAUUUAAAUAGAAAAAUAUGGCGAGCUUUCUGCCCUCCAAAAUUAGCAACCUGCAACCCUUGUUUGGACUACAUCAAAUAUGUUAUAUUCCCUUGGUUUGGAAAGUUGGAGGUAGUUCAGAAGGAAGGGAAUGCUGAUAACAAGACAUAUGCAAGCAUGGAACAAUGGUUUGGGAAGUUGGACAUAGUUCACAAUGGAGGGAAUGGUACUAGCAAGACAUAUACAAACAUGGAAGAACUUGUUGUUGAUUAUGAAAAUGGCAGUCUUGAUUCAGUUGAUGUUAGACGGGCUUUUGAGAAGGCAAUGAACAGGAUAUUGCAGCCUGUUUGUGACCACUUCUGUGGCAACAUCGAAGCCCAAGAUCUAUUUAUUGGCCGUAAGUUGCAGAACCAAAUAACUGAAGAUACCUUGAAGAUUAUAAUGCAGAACGAAGAAGUUGAAGCUCCUUGGUGAAGUCCUGGACACACCAGGAGGAAAUGCUGGACCGCCAAAGGAGGUAGAGAUAUAGGUUUCAUGGUUUAGAGAACUUGUUGAACCCGUUUAAAGUGUUCCCGGAUUAUGCACAUGUCCCUGCUAGGAGUUUGUAUCCAGGGUAGUGUAACCUGCUUAACGUUUGGCAUGAUGGUUCUACGUUUCCUAUCCACGGGAUGUAAAUGUAGGACUUGUGUAAAUAGCAGUAUAAUGUUACUACUAAAAAAUGCGGGGUGUAAAUGCGUUUCCUAAGGCAGUGCAGUUGUAGCA